AACAAGUGCCAAUGGCGGGGACGCCGCAGCUGGAGACCGGCGGCGGCGAGUACACGCAGGACGGCACGACGGACCUCUGCGGCAACCCGGUCAUCCGAUCCAACUGAGGAGGCUGGAAAGCCUGCUCCUUCGUUCUUGUGUACGAGGUGUUCGAGCGGAUGGCGCACUAUGGUAUCGCGUCCAACCUGGUGCUGUACCUGACGAGGGAGCUGCACCAGGGCACGGUGCGCUCCGCCAACAACGUCACCAACUGGGCCGGCACCAGCCUCAUCACGCCCGUCCUCGGCGCCUACAUCGCCGACGCCCACCUCGGACGCUACCGCACCUUCAUGGCCGCCUCCGCCAUCUACCUUCUCGGAAUGUGCCUGCUGACCAUGGCCGUGUCGCUGCCGUCGCUGAAGCCGCCGGCGUGCGGCACCGGCACGGCGGACCCGAGCUGCGAGCGCAAGGCGUCGAGCCUGCAGCUGGGCGUGUUCUUUCUGGCCCUGUACACCCUCGCCGUCGGCACAGGCGGCACCAAGCCCAACAUCUCCACCAUCGGCGCCGACCAGUUCGACAAGCACGAGCCGCGGGAGCGCCGGCAGAAGCUCUCCUUCUUCAACUGGUGGAUGUUCAGCAUCUUCCUGGGCACGCUCUUCGCCAACACCGUCCUCGUCUACAUCCAGGACAAGAUCGGCUGGACCGUCGGCUACGCGCUCCCCACCAUCGGCCUCGCCGUCUCCAUCGCCGUGUUCACCGCCGGAACGCCCCUGUACCGCCACAAGCCGACCUCACCCGAGAGCUCCCUCGCCAAGAUGGCCGGGGUCAUCGUCGCCGCCGUCCGCAAGUGCCGCGUCCCGGCGCCCGCGGACCCGCGCGACCUGCACGAGCUCGACCCCGAGCACUACGACAGGAAAAAGACGUCCCCGCUGCCCCACACGCCGAAUUUCAGUGUGCUGAGCAAAGCGGCGGUGAGGACCGGGACCGGGAGCACGUCGCGGUGGUCGCUGAGCACGGUGACGCAGGUGGAGGAGACGAAGCAGAUGCUCAAGAUGCUUCCCGUGCUGUUCAUCACGUUCGUGCCGAGCGCGAUGCUGGCCCAGAUCAACACGCUGUUCGUGAAGCAGGGCACGACGCUGGAGCGGCGCGUCGGCGGCUUCGACAUCCCGCCGGCGAGCCUGCAGGGGUUCGUGACCGUCUCCAUGCUCGUCUCCGUCGUGCUCUACGACCGCCUCUUCGUGCCCUGCACGCGGCGCCUGACAAAGAACCCGCGGGGCAUCUCGCUGCUCCAGCGGAUGGGCGUCGGGCUCGUCCUCCACAUCGCGAUCAUGAUGGUCGCGUCGGCGACCGAGCGGCGCCGCCUGGCCGUGGCGCGCGAGAACGGCGUGCUCGACAGCAGGGGCACGAUGGUCCCGCUCUCCAUCUUCGUGCUGCUCCCGCAGUUCCUGUUCAUGGGCGUCGCCGACGCCUUCCUGGAGGUGGCCAAGAUCGAGUUCUUCUACGACCAGGCGCCCGAGGGGAUGAAGAGCCUCGGCACGUCCUACGCCAUGAUCAGCCUCGGCGUCGGCAACUUCCUCAGCAGCUUCCUGCUGUCGACGGUGUCGCGCGUCACGCGGCGGCGCGGAGGAGGACAUGGAGGCUGGAUCCAGAACAACCUCAACGCCUCGCGGCUGGACCUCUACUACGCCUUCUUCGCCGUGCUCAACUGCGCCAACCUCCUCGUCUUCUUCGCCGUGUGCCGGAUGUACGUGUAUAACGCGGACAUCGCUGACGGUGGCAGGGAGAAGCAGGGGAGGCCAGGAAUGGUGAAGGAGCCAACCGUACCAGCUACAGAGUAGUAUCUCCUGGGAAUUAGCACAUACCCAAAACCCAAAAUAACAUUUAAAAUGUUCAAUUUCAGAUUUCACAUAAAAAAUCAGUUGCACCAAAAUAAAUGUGCAAUUGCACGCAAUUACAAUAGAUAAAAUAUGCAAUUGCACACAAUUACGACAAAUAAAACAUGCAAUUGCGCAAAACACAAAAGAGCAAUGUUAUUCGUGCGAAUGGAUCUUACAAAAAGUUUUACAUACUGGUA